GGGGUAUGGUAUUCACUGUUCAACGCCACCUUUGACCAGCUUCGUAUUGAUAUCAUCACUUUGCAACCUUUUGGAAACUCGUGUCGUCUUGACCUCACAAGUGAACAAUUUUACACACACAAGUACCAUCAACCAAGACAGCGCAAUGGCUAAGCCGGGCGCUCACGGGUGCGAGUGAGUACUUGUCCACCAUCAAUCCGCACAGUAGACGCUCGCAAAGCUCACAAGGCCACCCAGCUUGCGCGAACUCGCACUGCACAUUCUGAUGCACGGCCCGGAGAAGACCGAGCGCACACCUAAAAGAGUCCGCGUCGUCCAUAAUCAUGCCUUCAUUGCUGAUGCCACGGAUGCGCUGCUCGUCUGGGAGCACCCAUACUAUCCGCAGUACUACCUCGCCGAAGGAAAGCUCCAGAACUGCACGCUGUUCAACAAACAAGACAUAUCGUACAAUGGAAAGGUUCUCGCCUCUGUCUGUGAGCUGACCGUGGCGGCCCACGAUGGUCUGGAUCAAGUCACGACGGACCGCGUGCUGCGCUUCCACAACAACACAGCCAAUGGUGCUCUGGCAGGUAGGGUCCGACUCGAGUUCGGCAGCAUGGAUCAGUGGCUCGAGGAGGACAUGCCGAUACACGUCCACCCCAAAGACCCCUACAAGCGUGUCGACGUUCUGCCCUCCCAGCGGCCCAUGGAGAUAAAGGUUUCCGGCAAGACAGUGGCCAAGACAAACUGGGCAAUGCACCUCUAUGAAACGGCCCUGCCCGUGCGAUACUACAUGCCGCUCAGUAGCGUCGAUCAAUCCGUGCUGCGCAAGAGCUCUCUGACGACAAAGUGCCCGUACAAGGGGGAGGCGGAGUACUACGACUUGGUCGUUGACGGAAAGACGCACGAGGGUCUUGUGUGGUAUUAUCGACACCCGGUGCCCGAAUGCGCCUCGAUUGCCGAGCUCGUCUGCUUCUACAAUGAGAAGGUAGACGUCUAUCUUGGUGGAUAUCUCCAGCGCCGCCCACAAUGAGGGCCACCCUUUCUAAUCUAGGGUCCGUUGAUGUCGCAUAGGUUUGACGUCGAUAAGCCAAAGGAGCAUGGGUUGCCAUU